GCCAAAACGUAUAGAAAAAUAUACUAGCUAACUGUGGGUUAGGAGUAUACAAGGCCUAAAGUGAUUGUGAUAACUAACCCCUGAAAACAAGCUAACUCUUUUGGCUCAUGGUUUGUUGUGUAACUCUGGGAGGAGCUCUGUUUGCAUGGGACAUGUUAACCCUCCCGCUGGGCCUGUAAAAACAUCCCACCUGCUGCAGUCAAUCCAGCGUUUUCCUUUUGCCUGAAGCAACUGUCAUCUCAAAAGAUUCUGAUGACCAGGGCAGCUGGCAGAAGGGUCUGAAAAAAGAAUGUUAGCAUGUCUUUCCUCUGUUGGUACCGUAAAUAUCUUCCAUGUAGUUCACAGGGUUUAUUUUAGUCCGUGAGGCAGGAUCAAACUGUUUCUAGCUAAAGUCAAAGUCAGAGGCUUCCCAGUUUGCUCUGUGUUGAGUCAGAGAUUGGAUAAAAAGUUGUCUUUUGCCUUGAUAUCGACAAGAAAACACAACUUUAAAACUUUAGUGCAAAUAUGUCUAACGGCAGAGACCUUGAGGAUCUCAAUGAAGAGGACAUUGAUGAGGAUGAAAUCCUUGCAAUGCUUUCGCCUGAGGAGCUUAAGGAGCUUCAGAGUGAGAUGGAUGUUAUUAUUGCACCAGAUGAGAGUGUACCAGUAGGACAGAGACAGAAGGACCAGACAGAAAAACCUCCGACAGGAACGUUUGACCACAGAUCCCUAGUUGAUUACCUCUACUGGGAGAAAGAGUCUAAACGUAUGCUCGAAGAAGAAAGAGUGCCUGCUACUCUCCUGCCCAGUGAGAAAACCUUGAGGGAGGAAUCUGAAAAGAAAGAAAAAGAAGAAAACACAGGAUGUGGCAAAUAUGAGGUGUAUGAAGUGAUAGAGGAAGUCAUUGAAGAAGAAGCUGCAGAUUGUGAAAAUGGAGAGGAAAUUAUAGAGGAGAUUAUUGAGGAAAUUGUUGAAGAAGUGGAUGAGAGGGCUGAAAAGGACAAAAUAAUAGAUGUGGGAAAAGAGAAAGAGGCGAAGCAACUUGCUGAAGUCGAACCUGAAAAUGUAGGUGAACACGCAGAGCCUCUUGAUAUCACAGAAAAAGCACCAGGAAAAAAUACAACUGACAGUCAGCCUUUUUCAGGCACAACGGAGACUACUGAGACCUUAGCUCUGAAACACAACACCGAAGAGAAAGAAGGAAAUAAAAGUACAAAAUGUUUGCCUCCCCAAGAGGCUCCAGAGGAGCCAGAAACAGUUGAACCCAAUGAGAAGCUUCCAGAGAAAGAAGAGAGAAAAAUAGGUAAACUGAAAAUUCCGAAGCUUUCACUCAAUAAUAUAAAAAUUACAUCAAGACCUUCAGGAAAUGAUACAAACUUGGAGUCGACACUUGAUAAGAUCCGCAAAAACAACCCCUCUAUCACUGAGGUAAACCUCAACAAUAUAGAAAACAUUCCCAAAGAGAUGCUCGUGGACUAUGUCAACGCCCUGAAGAAGAAUAAAUAUGUGAAAACAUUCAGUUUAGCCAACACUGGUGUCGAUGAAAAUAUUGCUUUCAAUCUAGCCAACAUGCUACGAGAGAAUCGCAGCAUUACGACUUUAAACAUUGAGUCAAACUUCAUAACUGGAAAAGGCAUCGUUGCCAUCAUUCGCUGCCUCCAGUUCAAUGAGACUCUCACAGAGCUGCGUUUUCACAACCAGAGGCAUAUGCUAGGUCAUCACGCAGAGAUGGAAAUCUCUCGCUUGCUCAAGGCCAACAACACUCUUCUGAAGAUGGGCUACCACUUUGAACAGCCAGGGCCCAGGAUGGUAGUGACCAACAUUUUAACAAGGAAUCUGGACCGUCAGAGGCAGCUGAGGAAGGAAGAGCAGAGGCAGCAACAGCUAAAGCAGCAGAGGGAGCUCAUGCAGAUGUAUGAGAGCAGUCUCAAUCUGCCUCCUGGUUUACUUGAGAUGCUGGGAUACAUACCACCCAUAGAAUUCCUACAGGAGCAUGGACUUGUCCCACCCUCAUCAGAGCUGAAUGCUGUUGUGCAAACACAACACCAGACAGAACAACCAGAGCCCCAGAAAAAGAUCAAACACAAAAGCAUUCCCAAACAAGCCAGCGAUGAACCAGCAAACCCAUUAAAGGAUGUCCAGCUGAGGAGAACUCCAAAAAAACGUGAUCCUUUAUUCGAGCUGGACCCAAGAGAUGAUAGAAGAUCAGAAAGGGGAAGCUUUCAACUGAGGAAGACUCCCAAAGUGAAGGAUACAGGCAGUGCAGGGAAGGAAGAUGAAACAGCCAACCUGACUGACGUGAUCAAGUCUUUAAAACCUGUCCCUCGCAGACGAUUACCUCCAAAGGUUGACCUCACACCUCGUGAUCAGCUCCUAAAUGAUAUCAAAAAGAGCAACGUGGCUUAUCUCAAAUCAGUGCCUCUCCCUAAAGCCCUGGAAUCAAGUGAAACGAGUCUCCUGUAAGGCGCUGCUGUUUCUUCACCAUAGUAUUUGUUUUUAUUACACAUGCUCAGUAUUAGUCACUUCAAAUGAACAGUACAAAUUGCUACUGAACUUUAAUUACCUAGAGAAAAAUACUGGUUAGUUCUGUUUUAUUUCAAUACGUGAUCUAGUCUUGGGAAAGUCACAGCAAUUAAAAACACUGACUACAGCCAAAUAUUGUGUAUUAAUUCUACAGUAAAGCGUUUCUGAACACAGUGCAUGGUUAAGAAAAAAAAGUGUAUUCACACAGUAUUUGUUCAUGAAGUCUACAUAUACAACAAUUUCUCUAAUCUUUGUGCUUAAAAUGAAUUAGCAAGCGUGUCUGACUGAUGUGACUUAAACAUUUUGCUAUUAAAAUAUAAACCUUCUUUGCUGGGGGAUGUUUUUUAAAUUAAUUUAACAUCACUGGUCAUUGUAGAGGUGCCAUUAGCUGUAACGCACAUCCAUCCUGAGGGAAUCAUUUUUUCAUCCUGAAAUGAGUGCUGGAUAUAGAAAAAAAAAAUUACCCAUAUAAUCUGUGUAGUAAAUUCAUGCCCCCCAGACAGUUUAUUUAAAUGAUAUAUAAAUCUGCAAAGCUUUUAUUCCCCCCCACUAACCCGCUAUUCAGUAGUCGUUUUUCUCUCUUUUUUCAGUAAAAUCCUACAGUAUACUUUUUGUUUUAGACUUAUCUGGAACAAAGUCUGCAACAUAAAGUACUUUGCAAAGGUCAUUUAUUUGAAUAUAACAAAAAUGCCAAAAUUAACACAGUUUGAGCCGGUAAUCUAUUAAUUGUAAGGUCAGUACUUCAAUCCCUGGCUCCUCCAGGCUGCAUGACAAAGUGUCCUUGGGGAGGAUACUGAACCACAACUGUGUUCAUCAUAGUGUCAAUGUGAACUUAGGUAUAGCAAAAACGUUUGUAUGAAUAUGAUGAAUAGUAAACUGUAUUAAGUGCUUUGAAUGCUCCUGCAGAGUAGAAAAGCACUAUAUAAGAACCAGUCUAUUAUCAUUUACCAAUAACUUGGUUAAAAAUUGUGCAAGCAGAGAAUGAAAGAAGAAGUGGCAAGCUGAAAAAAACUGUCUACAACAGCAUGCAGAAUCCAUGUUCUUAAGAGAUUCGGAGGCAAGUCCUGACAGAGGAACUGAGACAUUCAUGUGGCCGUUCAGUUGAUCCAUCUGCUGUUUGCUGAAGCCUCAUCAGAAAUCUUCUGAGUGGAAGGGUGGAUGUCAAGAAGCCUUAAAUAAGGGAGACAGGGAGAAAAGGCUGAGGUAUGCCAAAUUACACGCGAACUGGACUACAAACCAGUGGCAAAACAUCUUGUGCAGUGAAUCCAAAUUUGAAAUUUGCUUCAAAUCACUUUCACUGUCUACAGGAUGGGGGUGGGAGGGGGCACAACCAUGACUGUCUACAGCCAUCUGUAAAACAUGGUGGAGAGUCAUGGUGCCAUGGUUUAGUGCUGCAUUUCAGCCAGUGAUGUUGGGGAUCUUGUCAAAUUUGAUUACAUUUUGAAUGCAGGAAUACAGUACUGUCAAGUUUUGAUCGACUAUACAUUACCAUGUGGAAAAGUAUCUGAUUGGCAACAGCUUAAUUUUAUCACAACAAUAUUUCCAAACACACUACCAAUGUAGCAAAAACACACCUUGAUAGGAAAACACACAGGGGAUCAGUACCAGACACGAUUUGGCCUCUCCAGAGCUCAGACCUCAACAUUACUGAAGCCAUGUGGGAUCAUCUUGACAGAAAACAGAACAAAAGGCAACCAACAUCCAAAGAAGAGCUUUGGAUGUCCCACAAGAAGCCUGGAGAUCUAUUCCUGAAGACUACUUAAUGAAAAACCUUUCAUUUUGCCUGUGUUCAGGCAGCAUGAAGAAAAAAAGAAAAGAUGGAGACUCUGUUUUUACCUCAUAUGCUGUAUUUGUUUGAUGUUUGCACAUUUCACGAAAUUGCUUCACCCACUUCAUAUUUUCCCAGAAAAAUAUAGAUACAAGCGAUGGCUUGAGACUUUUGCACAGUACUGUAAAUCAAAUUACAUUUAUUUUUAUAGAGGACAGCCAAGUUUUAUUUUCCAUUCAUCGCUUUUCAAGAAUGGAAAUGUCACCAAAAAACAUAUAUAACACACCCACACACAUAUAAUGCUGCAUCCAAAAUCAAUUAAAAACGAACUGACAUUUGAGUAGGUAGCAUGUACAAACUGCAUUCAGUGUGCAUUUGUGAACAGAAGUGGGAAAUAAUAAAUAUCAGUAUAAAAUAAUUAUUGUAGCUUUUUCAGAAUUCCAUGAGAUGUCGACUAAUGAACAGGGAAAUGUGGUAAAAGUCAAUUGUAAAUUUAUAUUUUAAAUAGAUUUCUGCAUGCUAAAUAAUGACACAUCAGAAAUAACAAAAAUAUACAUAACAUAUACUCAAACGAUAAAGCUGCACUUGCCAUUCUUUUUUCCGUAUUGCAUAGCUGUGAACAGAGGGGAUACACUCAGGCCACCCUGUACAGUCAGAAACUGUAUGCACAAAUCUUGUGACAAAUCGAAUAUCCACACUGCAUUAUUAUUUUGAGUUAGGACAUGUAACAAUGUCUAUGCAAGAAGCAAACUUUUUUUCAGCAUUCAUAAAGCUCCUGCAAUGGCAAAAUUGGAGUUAUUGCGGUUUAAUAAGCAGUUCACUUGGUGGCAGCGGUGCGUUUUGGUAAUCUGGGUCUACUCGGUGAGAAUAAAGAUAAACGUGGUGAUUUUGAGGUAGCAAACUGAAAAGAAAUGAUUUUUUUUUUUUUUAGAACAAAUACAACUGGUA